AUGCAGUUGUUUGAAGCCAGUGGAAACAGCUCGGUUGAAGGGAUUGAUACAACAAAUGCUUGUUAUGGUGGAACUGCUGCACUUUUUAAUGCUGUCAAUUGGGUUGAGUCUUCUGCUUGGGAUGGUCGGUAUGCAGUUGUUCUGGCCGGAGAUAUUGCAGUGUAUGCAUCAGGAAAUGCUCGUUGCACGGGAGGUGCUGGUGCUGUUGCGAUGCUGAUUGGUCCUAAUGCACCUCUUGUCAUUGACCAACGUGUACGCUCUACUUACAUGCAGCAUGUUUAUGAUUUCUACAAACCUGACAUGAACUCCGAGUAUCCAGUAGUCGAUGGUAAACUCUCAGUCCAGUGUUAUUUACAAGCCAUGGAUGAGUGUUACCAGCAGUUUAAAAAAAAGGCUCAACGUGAAGGAAUUGCAGAACAUUUCACUUUGACAAGUGCUGAUGGUUUUGUCUUUCAUUCACCCUACUGCAAACUGGUGCAGAAAUCCUUGGCUCGGUUGAUGCUCAAUGAUUUUCUCCAAGACCCAAAUCCGGAUUUUCAAGGUUUAUACAAAGGAUUAGAAGGAUUCAGGGAAGUGAAAUUGAAGGAUUCGUAUUUUGAUAAGCAAGUAGAAUCUGCCUUCAUGAAAUCAAGUCAACAAUUUUUUAUCCAGAAAACAAAACCAUCCCUUUUCAUUGCCAGCCAAGUUGGGAAUAUGUAUACACCAUCUUUGUAUAGUUGUUUAGUUUCUUUUAUUAUCAAUCAUUCCUUAAAUGAACUUCCAGGAAAACGAAUUGUUCUCUUUUCUUAUGGAUCUGGUCUUGCUUCUUCAAUGUUUACACUGAUGAUUUCCGAAGACACUUCACAGAAGACUCAACUUGAAAAGAUCCAUCAAUGUUUAAAUGAAGUCCGGGAACGGCUAAAUUCUCGUGUGAAAAUGACACCUGAACAGUUUGAGCAGACAUUGAAAUUGAGAGAAGAAACGCAUCACAAGGCUCCAUAUACACCAGUUGGGUCAACUGAAAACUUUUUCCCUGGUACUUGGUAUUUAACUGAAGUUGACAGUAAACACCGUCGACAGUAUGAAAUAAUGUCCUCCUCAGCAACCAUGUCAAAUUCCUCAGCACUUGACGAGUGCACACAUGUUGCUCAUCCGAUGACGGUAGAACAACCGACAACAGCCUGA